UGAAAAGUAGUCCAUUAGGAAAAAUUUGAGGGUAUCCCUCUUGUUGCCAAAGAACGUAGACUUCAGAAUCGGAACAGAGCUCUCUGUGUCCAACAUAAAAAGGACACACAAACGAGAAGAACAUAACCGCAGAAAAAACCCCCGAUAGUGGUGGGCAUGGAGAGAUUGCAGCGGAUGUUCACCGGUGGUGGAGGAGCUCUUCGCCACCCGCCGCCGGACUCUCCAACCCUCGACACUUCCGAACAAGUCUACAUCUCAUCUCUCGCGCUACUUAAAAUGCUCAAGCACGGCAGGGCAGGGGUGCCGAUGGAAGUCAUGGGGCUUAUGUUGGGGGAGUUUGUGGAUGAGUAUACAGUGCGCGUGGUGGACGUCUUUGCGAUGCCUCAAAGUGGGACUGGCGUUAGUGUUGAGGCCGUUGACCACGUUUUCCAGACUAAUAUGCUCGACAUGCUUAAGCAAACUGGCAGACCUGAGAUGGUGGUUGGUUGGUACCACUCACAUCCUGGUUUUGGAUGCUGGCUUUCUGGUGUCGACAUUAAUACUCAGCAGAGUUUUGAAGCUUUGAAUCAGAGAGCGGUAGCAGUGGUGGUUGAUCCAAUCCAGAGUGUUAAAGGAAAGGUCGUGAUAGAUGCCUUCCGUCUUAUAAACCCCCAAACCAUGAUGCUCGGUCAAGAGCCAAGACAAACGACAUCCAAUCUGGGUCAUCUUAACAAACCGUCUAUCCAGGCAUUGAUUCAUGGGUUGAAUAGGCAUUACUACUCAAUUGCCAUAAAUUACCGUAAGAAUGAACUCGAGGAGAAGAUGCUUCUGAAUCUUCACAAGAAAAAGUGGACUGACGGAUUGACCCUACAAAGGUUUGAUGCCCACUCCGAAACAAAUGAGCAGACUGUACAGGAGAUGCUAAAUCUAGCCAUCAAAUACAAUAAAGCAGUUCAGGAGGAGGAUGAGUUGCCCCCAGAGAAACUAGCUAUUGUCAAUGUGGGAAAGCAAGAUGCUAAGAAACAUCUGGAGGAGCACGUCUCAAAUUUGAUGUCCUCAAAUAUUGUCCAGACGCUUGGUACGAUGCUGGACACGGUUGUUUUCUAAAUCUGGAAUCUAGAGCACCUGAGAUUAACUCUUUCUAAUAUCUUUAGCAUUGUAUGAGUUCACUAUACUUGCAAUUAAGUGGACACUCCUUUGGGAACCAUGGCUUGUCAAAAGAUUGGGAGAUUUGUUCAAAUAAUAAGCAUGAUUGAAGUUAGAUGUGUAAGGUUUUUUAUUUAUUGAAGCAAAAAGCCACGGUGUUUCACAUAAUCAUAAAAAGAGAUGCACAACAUUGGAUUGUGCUAUAGCAACAACUUGUCUUGUAUAAAAUUAAACAUAAACCCACUACUCAAGGGAACGAACUGUUGAAGAAAUCAGCCAUCCUCUUCAUCCUUUCCUUACUAUUGUCGCAAUCCGAGUCAUUCAAAUGAAACACGUGCUUUUCCCCUUGCGCUUCAUGGAUUUCAAUCAUACCCAUCCACCCACUUCGGCUUAACACAUGAAAAUAAUGCCAUCCUCUAUCCUUCAAUAUGUCCUUCUCGGCCACCGAGACCAGCACUCUCCGGCACCCGAGCCCAGCCAAGCCCAACCCACUCUCUGCCAUUGGGUUUAUCCACGGAUGGUCCAUUGGACACGAAGGGCACACCAGUGGCCAAAGCCUAUCCACGUAAGCCUUCAUACCUGGCUCCAUCCCCUCUGACCCAAUCGUGUCUGACCCCCAGAAAUACGGGUCUAUCAAAACUAUUCCAUGAAUGGACAAUUUUAACCUUGCAUCGGGAUUCCCAGCGGCCAUGGCCAGGUUAUGGGCUAUAUUCGCCCCUGCACUAUCGCCUGCUAGAAAUAUUCUCCCAAAGUCCGCGUGAUGGUUCAAGAGAUCCUCUGGUCCGUCGUAGUUGCAGUGGGAAGCCACCCACUGGAACGCGGCCCAAGAAUCUUCGUAUGCAAUUGGGAGAGGGUGCUCGGGGGCCUUUCUGUAGUUGACUGACACUGCAAUGACCUGACAUUCUGCUGCGAGGGCGUUUAGGUAAUUGUGGUAUGUAGAGGAAGAAGGUGUGUUGGCCAAGAAACCACCACCAUGAAAGUAAACAACAAGAGGGAGUUUGUGGCGGGUGUUGGUAGUAGCAAGUGUAAGGUUAGGGAGAUAGAUUCUUGCGUAGACUUUGGUUUGUGGGAUUAUGUUUGUGACGUCUUUGGAGGUAACGCCGGUUUGAGGAUCAUUGCCUGGAGGGGUGGUCUCAGUUCCCAUAAGUCUUUUGACAUGCCCAUUUUUGUACACUUUGACAAAUGGGAGGAACUCAUAGUCAAGCUCUUCGUUGCUCUCAUCAGCCAUAGUGAGUGAUGAGAGGAAGAGUAAAUUAGAGAGAUGGUAUGUAUGGCAAGCUGUAGGAGUAGGAGGAUAUGAAUACUCAAGGAUAAUUUAACAAGUGGACG